AUGGGCGUCUUUUCUAGCGUGGCUCGGCCAGCUGUGAACACGUUCAAAUACAUGCGUUGGGCCGCACAUGAGCGCCCCGUCGUGUUUUUCUCCUUGAUUGUCGGUGCCAUUGGCCCCAUCGCUGUCGUUACUGUCCCACAAUACCGCGCUAAGCUCGGAUGGAAGCCUGCAGAGCGCAUUCCUGUCACGUAUCCAUUGCCUGACAGGCCACGCCAGCCUGUGAGCGGCUAUGAUGACGAAUAA